AUGAGCCCCGCGUCCCACAGUGCACCCCAGACGCUGGGGCUUCUCGGGUUCCCGUGUCUGCUGCUGCUACUGCUGCUGUGCGUGCCCGCGGCGCGUGGUGCCUGCAGCAUCCCUCCAGAUAUACCCAAUGCCAAGCCAGAACUGAAUGGUCUAACAAGUUUUCCUGUCGAUACCACUAUAACAUACAAAUGUAAUGAAGGAUUUGUAAAAAUUCCUGGCAAGUCAGACUCGGUGGUCUGUCUUCAACCUGAUAAGUGGUCAAAGUUGUCAGAGUUUUGUAAUCGUACCUGUAAUGUCCCACCUUCAUUACGUUUUGCUUCACUCAAAAAACAGUUUAGUAAACAGAACUACUUUCCAGUGGGUUUUGUUGUACAAUAUGAGUGCCGUCUAGGUUAUAAAAGAGAUCCUUCUCUGCCAGCAAAGCUUACAUGCCUUCAGAAUCUAACGUGGUCCAGUGCCUCUGAAUUUUGUAAAAGAAAAUCAUGUCCAACUCCUCCAGAGCUACUAAACGGUUUUGUCAGCAUAACAACUGACACCUUAUUGGGCUCAAUAAUCACUUUUACUUGUGACAAAGGAUAUAGAUUAGUGGGGGCACAAGACAGCCAGUGUAUUCUUAUGGAUAAAAAUGUUCUUUGGAGUGACCCACAUCCAGAGUGCACAGAAAUUUUAUGUCCAGAACCUCCAAAUAUUUCUAAUGGAGAAAUCCAAGGAAAUCAAGACAGUUAUAAAUAUGGAUCAUCUGUAACUUAUACAUGUAGUAAAGACUUUUCACUUAUUGGGGAGAAAUCUAUUCAUUGUACUGUUGAAAAUGAACAAGGAGAAUGGAGUGGGCCUCCUCCUGAAUGCAAAGAUGUCAAUUGCAAAAGUCCAGUCGUCCCAAAUGGGCACACAAUAUCACCAUCAAAACCUCCUUUUAAAUAUCAGGACACCCUGAUAUUUGACUGCAAUCCUGGAUUCACUCUGGUGGGCAACAGCACAAUCUAUUGUGGUCCUGAUAGUCAAUGGAUCCCCGGGAUUCCAUCAUGUAAGGGAACUACCACGUUGGCCCCAACAACAGCUGAAAAAUCAAUCACAACACCUGCUCUGGCAACACCUGCCCCACCAACAGAACAGGCCAAGGCAACACCUGCCCCACCAACAGAACAGGCCAAGGCAACACCUGCCCCACCAACAGAACAGGCCAAGGCAACACCUGCUCUGGCAACACCUGCCCCACCAACAGAACAGGCCAAGGCAACACCUGCUCUGGCAACACCUGCUCCACCAACAGAACAGGCCAAGGCAACACCUGCCCCACCAACAGAACAGGCCAAGGCAACACCUGCUCAGGCAACACCUGCCCCACCAACAGAACAGGUCAAGGCAACACCUGCCCCACCAACAGAACAGGCCAAGGCAACACCUGCCCCACCAACAGAACAGGCCAAGGCAACACCUGCUCAGGCAACACCUGCCCCACCAACAGAACAGGCAAAGGCAACACCUGCUCAGGCAACACCUGCCCCACCAACUGAACAGGCCAAGGCAACACCUGCUCUGGCAACACCUGCCCCACCAACAGAACAGGCCAAGGCAACACCUGCUCAGGCAACACCUGCCCCACCAACAGAACAGGCCAAGGCAACACCUGCUCAGGCAACACCUGCCCCACCAACAGAACAGGCCAAGGCAACACCUGCUCAGGCAACACCUGCCCCACCAACAGAACAGGCCAAGGCAACACCUGCUCAGGCAACACCUGCCCCACCAACAGAACAGGCCAAGGCAACACCUGCUCAGGCAACACCUGCCCCACCAACAGAACAGGCCAGCACAACAAACACUGCAACAACUCCUACCACACCAACAACCAGAAGAUCCACCACUACUCAGAGUUCUACCAGAAUUGUUACCACUCAUCGUUCUAUCACAACUACAUCUUUUCACACAACCAGACCCAGCUCAACAAAAUUUCGUGGAAAGGGAACCACUCCUUCAGGAGCUGCUACCAAUCUAUACGGUAAGUCUGGCUCUAAGGGAUUCUUAAGAAGUUGUUGUCUGUGUAAGAGGUCUUUCCCUAUUUGGUACUUCAGGAUAAUCAUUCUUUCCGACCAUUCUUGGAAUGCUAUUGAAAGUGAAAGCUUAAGGGUAUCAAAGACACAUCAAGUAAAAGGAUGGUAUGGACAAAUACUGCGGAGAUGCAGGAAGAUUAAAUGUUACAGUGUUGUGGGUGUUUUCCAGAUUUAUUUCAUAGAUACUCCAGGUAGAAGGAUCUAUGUCAAAUAGGUCAAAUCAUAAUAAGUGUCCACCUUGUAUAGAUCAGUCUACAAGGUGCUGUGGAGAAAUAAAAAAGAAUUAAGAUACAGUUCCUGUCUUCAAGUAAUUUCUAAUUCAUUUAAUUCUAAUUCUAAUUCUAAUCCUUUACCUGACACUAUACUUCCUAGAUAGAUUAUUCAUGAGCAUAAUCAGCUUUAAGCUAUAGCCAUAA